AAAUUAGUGCACAGAUAAGGAACCAGUUCCCUCUGUCAAGUGGAUCAGUCAGAUGAUUGUCACCAUGGAGUGUUUAUUUCUUCUCCUCGGAUUUGUCGUCAGCGCGUACGGACAGACGACGGUGCUGGACGUUUUGAGGCGUUACCAUGACACCACUCUAUACAGCCUCAUCCAAACAGCCGGACUGGACACCGCUCUCUCAGGCACUGGACCAUUCACGGUGUUUGCUCCCUCGAACACCGCGUUCUUGCGUUCUCACGUCAGUCUGACGUCACUCAAGAGUGACCCCGCGGCCUUGGCCCAGCUGCUCAAGCUCCACGUGGUGUCCGGAAAACUCAUGCUUAAUGACCUCAAGGUCAACGAAAAGACGCUGACCGCGCUGUCCGGAGAAACCAUUCGCGUCAACUACUACAUGUAUUAUAACCGUGUGACAGUCGAUGGAGCCUAUAUCAACAGCCCAAAUCACGUGGCCAGUAACGGGGUUGUACACAUGAUAGACCACUUGAUGUUGCCGCCUAACGGAAGUAUUCCCGACAUUCUCGCCUCCACACCCGAACUCUCGACCCUCAAUGCCGCCAUCCAGGCCGCCGGGCUGGGACCAGCUCUUGCAGAGGGACCUUUUACGUUGUUCGCGCCGACGAAUGCAGCCUUUAACAGCCUCGGUAACGCCACUGUGCAGGCACUUCUGGCUGAUACAGAACUCCUCAAAUCGAUUCUGCUGUAUCACGUUAUCCACGGCACCCUGUACACGCGCGGGAUGCACUCCGGCUCCCUCAACACCCUCGAGGCCGUCGAUAGGGAACACCUGCUCGCUUCAAGUUCGUCUGUUUCAACCGGGACGCCUAGUGUUGACAGACAGCGUAUAACGAAGCGUGACGUCAGUGCAAGCAAUGGCGUCAUUCACGAGAUCAGUCACGUGCUCAUUCCAGCCUCGUUCCGGGACGCAGUUUCCAGUCUCAUCACCCCGUGAUGAAAUUGAUAGAAUGAGCUUGAUAUAUUAGGGAACUUUAUAAUAAAGAUGAAAAUAUAAAAA